AUGGCGAAAAUAACUGGAAAACUUGAGCUUAGGGCUAAGAAUUGGGCCAAAAACGACAGCCUUAUACAUGAAAUACAUGAAAUGACAAGUUUGCCCUCAUUUUUAACUUCUGUUGUUAGUGAUCAUGCUUUUUUCAAUACUAUAACCCCGCUAGUCACAAAUGUACACAAUGCCGCAUUAACGCGGCCUUUUGAGGAGUGUGAGGUUAAGGAUGCCCUAUUUUCCAUGUUUCCUAAUAAGGCCCCCGGUCCUGAUGGGAUGAACCCAUGUUUCUAUCAACAGUUUUGGGAUGUUGUGGGUCAAGAUGUCUCUCUUUUUGCCCUGAAUUGUUUACAUACGGGUCAGUUCCCUGAUGGUCUAUGUGAUGCUAAUGUGGUUCUUAUCCCUAAAAAGGGUAAUCCUAAGUUUGUUACUGACUUGAGACCCAUUGCGUUGUGUAAUGUGGUUUAUAAACUUAUGGCGAAAAUGUUGGCUAACAAGAUAAAGUUUUUGUUUGAUGAAAUAAUUUCUGAAUCACAAAGUGUUUUUGUCCCUGGGAGGUUAAUCACUGACAAUAUUCUAGUAGCUGUAGAGGUGGGCCAUUUUCUUAAUAGGAAUCAGUUGGGCAAGGUGGGAUGGGGUGUUUUGAAACUGGAUAUGGCUAAGGCCUAUGACCGCAUGGAAUGGAGCUUUCUGAGGCGAAUGAUGGAGGAGGCAAUUGUUGUUAAAGAAUGUUUGCAGACGAUUUAUGAGAUGCUUUCGGGGCAAGUGGUAAACUUCCACAAGUCUAGUAUUUGUUUCAGUAAGAAUACCGCAGCGGGGGAUCGUGACGAUGUUGCGGCAGUUUUAGGAGUCUCCCAAGCAGCAAAUUUUGGAAAAUAUCUAGGUUUACCAUCAUUUGUGGGAAGAAAUAAAUGGGCAGUGUUCAGUUAUAUCGAGGAUAAGAUCAGACACCGUAUUAGCUCCUGGGAUAAGAAAUUACUAUCUCGCAGGGGUAAGGAGGUACUCUUGAAGAGUGUGGCCCAAGCUAUGCCAACGUUCUCAAUGAGUGUCUUCCGAUUUCCAGAUUCCCUUUGUAUGGCUAUUGAAAGGGCUAUGAAUCGUUUUUGGUGGGGCUCUGGAACUAGUAAGGGUAUUCACUGGCUAGCAUGGGAUUGUUUGUGUCCACCCAAGAAGUUUGGAGGUCUUGGUUUCAGGGAUUUACGGAGUUUUAAUUUGGGUAUGCUGGGCAAACAGGCUUGGCGUUUUCUUACUAGGCCUCAUUGCAUGGUUGCACGCUUAUACAAAGCCAGGUAUUACCCUACUACUUCGUUUAUGGAUGCUACUGUAGAUGGUCCAGAUCCGAUGAUUCAUACUGUUAUGCCGCCUAAUCUGCAGGGUUCUACAGUCUCUGGUUUGAUAGACCCGAUCACAAAUACAUGGGAUUUAUCGAUAUUGAGGGACAUUUUUCUACCAGUGGAUGUGGAUCGAAUCGUUAAGAUUCCUGUUAGCCCUACAUAUGAUGAUUCUUGGUACUGGGUUGGUGAACCGAAUGGCUGCUAUACUGUCAAAAGUGGUUAUAGGAAGCUUGUAGGGGAAUUUAUAACCACUCCAGGUGGUUUUGAUAAAUGGAAACAACUUUGGAAAUUAAAGGUUCCCCUAAGUGGAGGACCUUCCUCUGGAGGGCUAUCAGAGACAUCCUCCCUACAACUCCUAAUUUAUUGA